GUGGCCCUACAUCCCAACAACAACAACAACAACAAUAAGACGCCAAAAAUUUUGUGCUGAAUAUUUUGCCUUGAAAACUUUAAAUUAAAGCUUGAGCUGUGAAUGUGGCGACGUUCAAGCUUUAUUUAAGCUUUACUUAAGCUUUAAUAAGGGAGAAGAAGAGGAAUAUUUGCGGAGGCGUGGUCGGACACUAAGGCAUUGAGAAGAUGGUCCCCAGACCCACUAACAGAUAACAAAUGAAGGAAUGUGCACGCAAAAAAAGGAAUCAGGUUUAAAAUAUAAUUACAGCCUCUCUUCACUUAGUGACAUACAGUAGUUUUCAUAUCCGUUUGAAAAAGCCUGAUGAAAACCCGAAUUGUACGAAAACUGAAGCAAUAUUUCCCAUACGAAAUAUUGUAAAUCCAAUUAAUCCAUUCCAGACACCCAAAAAUAUUAGCAAAAAAUACAUUUUAUAGAGAAUUACUAUAGUUUUACAUACAAACUAGAUCAUACGAAAACCGAGUUUCCACUGUACUGUACUUGUUUACUGAUGGCUCAGAUUUACAAUGGGCUCUCUGACCAGUAUGCAUACCUAAAUACUAAUGUAUAUUAGAGCUGAUUUCUUCUAUUCUGUUUAUUGCAAUACAGCCUCUCCUCAUUUAACGACGGAGUUCUGUUCCUAAGGCACAUCAGUAAACGAAUUUGUUGCUAUGCAAGGAGCAUACUACAUUUAAUGGUACAGUGGACCCUCGGGUAACAGCGUCAUUGGCUAAUGAGAAAAUUGGAUAGCGCCACAUUUUUGCGUCAAAAUAUUGGCUAACACCCAAGAACUCGGUUAAGGACAUUCAUCCCAAACGUGUCAGCGCAGCCCGAGCCGCCCGGACACUCCAUGUACAGCCAGUGUGCCAUUGUUUACAAGCCAGAGAGGAUGAUUCCACGCAUACAUGUGAUAUAUUUUGCAUUAUUUCAUUGUUUUUAGUGCUUGUAACUGCUAAAUAAGCCACCAUGGGACCAAAGAAAGCUUCUAGUGCCAACCCUGUGGUAAAGAGGGUGAGGUGUACCAUUGAACUGAAGAAAGAGAUCGUCGCAAAAUACGAAAGUGGACUGCGUGUCUCCGACCUGGCCAGGUUAUAUAAGAAACCCCAAUCAACCGUCACUACUAUCUUGGCCAACAAAGAGGCAAUCAAGGAAGCUGUUGUUGCAAAAGGUGCAAGUAUACUUUCAAAACAGAGAUCGCAAGUACUCGAAUAUGUGGAGAGACUGUUGCUGGUGUGGAUCGACAAGAAACAAUCAUCAGGAGAUAGUGUUUCUCAGCCAAUAAUAUGUGAGAAGGCAAGGCAGUUGCAUGAGGAUCUCAUUAAGAAAAUGCCUGAAACUAGUGCUGAUGUCAAUGAAUUUAAAGCCAGCAAAGGCUGGUUUGAGAGAUUUAAGAAUCGUAGUGGCAUACACAAUGUGAUAAGGCAUCGUAAGGCUGCCAGUUAUGACAAAAAAGCGGCUGAAAAAUAUGUGCAGGACUUUAAGGGGUACAUAGAGGCUGAAAAAUUAAAACCCCAACAAGUGUUCAGUUGUGACGAAACAGACCUCUUUUUGAAGAAAAUGCCAAAGAGGACCUACAUGAUGCUGGAGGAAAAGGCACUGCCAGGACACAAGCCUAUGACAGGUUCACAACCGUCUGGCCAGGAGGAAAAGAAGUCUCCAGUGGUUAUCUGCCUUGACUUACCAGAUGAAUCUUGCACCAUCUACAAAGAAAUUAGCAACGUUCCUGAAAACUCCCAGAAGAAAAUGAGAAACGAAGAGUCCAUGGGCGGUGAUGUCUCGGAGACCCAGAAACUUGACGUUUCGAUUAAAGCAAAGGAGGGUGUGUGGCGCUCAGGCCGGGUGAGAAAGAGAUCUUCGAAGCUCGCUGACUUUGCAUCGACAGCGGAAGUUGACGUUCUCUUCCGGCAGUAUUCCGAUGGGCCAGGAAGCUUGCACAACGACUCAAAUAAAGUUGACACUCAGGACAGUAUGGUGAACAACACUGAUGAUGACGUCAUUGAUGUAAAAGAUGAGCCAUUAAAAGAAGAAGUGCUGCCGGAAAAUAACGAUAUUUGCUAUGAACUUGCUGAUGCAGAAUCCACUGAAGAUCCGCCAUCUGUUGUGGGCGACGACGACUCCAGCAACUUGUCAUUGGUGACAUCUGUCGGCACUCAGGAACACUCCGAUUGUCUGCCGCCUCUACCCGCCGCAUGCAGUGGUGUUUCCGAAGCUACCAGCUGUCAGCCUACAACAGUCGGAGUCACGCAAACAGGUGUUCCUUCAGAUGCCAGGAGAAAAAUGGACACCCCAUCCACCAGCAAAAAUGAAAAUCCACCGCAGAAAUAUUUGACAUCAACGCAGACAAUAGACAUAUGCAGGAGACUGGAGCAAGGUGAAGAUACUAGUGUUCUGAUGAAGGAGUACAAGAUUGGAGCAUUACCCUUACGUUCUAUUCGCUCUGAAAAAGAUCGACUACUAAAGUUCUUCACUGAUUCAUUGUCUUACAAUGGUUCAGCAUCUCACCAGUUUCAGGUGUCUGGCAAGGGUUCGGAAACUAACAAAGGCUCGGUAUCUAACAAAGGUUCAACACCUGACAAAGUCACAAUGUCUGAUAAAGGUUCAGAAUCUAAUAAAAAUUUGGUGUUUUAUGAAGGUUCAACAUCCAACAAACGUUCAAGGUUUGAUAAAGACUCAGUGUCUAACAAAGGUUCAAUGUCACACAGUGGUUCAAUGUAUCACAAAGGUACUGUAUUAAAAAAAGGCUCAAUAUCUGACAAAGGUUUUGUGUUGAAUAGAGAUUCAGUAUGUAAUAGGGGUUCUAUAUUUGGCAAAGGUUUGAUGUUUAACAAAGAGUCAGCGUCCGACAAAGGUUCCUCAUCUAACAAAGGCGUUGAUAAGAGGAAACUUAUACCAAAGCGUAAAUUGGAAGUCUUGGACGCGGUGCUUUACGAGUGGUUGAAACUGAAAUGGCUGGCAGGUGUCCAAGUGUCUCGACCAACUCUCUCUGAAAAGGCAAACGAUUUUUAUAAGAAGUUGAAUGUUACUAAUCAGUUUUUGCUAUCUGAAAAGUGGUUGUCUCAUUUCAUAACCCGUCAUGGGGUCAGGCUGGACGAAUGUGACGAACAGAACACAGACAGUCAUGAAACUGCUGAAACAUGCUCGGAAAUUUUUGCUAGCCUUGUUGAAGAGCAUGAUUUAUCACCUGAACAGAUUUAUAAUGCCAAAGAGAUGCAUUUGUUCUGGCGUUGCCUCCCUGCUUCUGUGCUUGUAGGUUUAGGUGAAUCCAGCGCAAUGGCAGCCAGGCGGAAUAAGGACAGUCUGAUGGUGUUAACCUGUGCUAAUGCGGCAGGCACCCAUAGGUUAAAAUUACUUGUUGUGGGUAAAUGUAGCAACCCUAGAGCUAUUAAACAUGUGACCCAUCUACCGGUGGUUUACAAAGCUCAAAGCAAUUCAUGGUUGGACAAGGAAAACUUUCAAGAUUGGUUUUAUCAUCAUUUUGAACCAGAGGUAAAACAGCAUUUCAAAAAAAUUGGUUUACCUCAAGCCAGCAAAGCUAUUCUUAUAUUGGAUAAUUGCAGAGCCGACCCUAAUGAAUUUGAGUUAGUUUCUGGCAAUAUUUUCACCACUUAUCUUCCUUCUAAUGUUACAUCUCUAAUUCAGCCCAUGGAGCAAGGCGUUAUCCAGACUAUAAAGUCGAACUACAGAAGAGACUUCCUUAGAAAACUCGCUCAUUUCCACGGUAGUAUACAGGACUUUCAAGCAGCUUAUAGCAUGAAAGAUGCAAUCUACAGUGUAGCGUGUGCCUGGAAUGAUAUUAAGAGCUUCACUUUAAGAAAAGCCUGGAUCAAAUUGUGGCCUAAUGUUAUGUUUGACGUGUCAUCUGAGGAGGAAGAUUUUGAAGGGUUUGGAUUACAGGCAAAGAAAUCGGUAUUCUCCAUUUUGGAUGUUUUUAAAAAUGCACUGCCUCCCAGUGCAGUUGCCAGUUUACAUGAAGACGAUUUCCAGGAAUGGCUGGAUGCUGACCAAACUGCCGAAUUGACUCGGGAAGUGACUGAUGAUGAUAUCAUUCAGAGUGUUUUAAAUCCAGUUCAUGAAACGAGUGAAGAAGAAGAUUAUGAAGUGCAAAGAGUGAUAACCUGGGCUAAAGCUAUUGAAAACCUAAAAGAACUCAUUGAAUUUACUGAAAGUAAGGCAUGUUUUUCUGCACAGGAAGUUAUGUUAUUCCAUAGAUUACACUCGACAUUUCUUCAAAAAAGGCACAGUAGUACCAUCCAAGAAGAUAUCAGAGAUUUCUUCAAAAAGGCCUCAAAAAAUUAUCAAAAAACAUGCUCAUUAAUUGAGAUGGAUGAACCACUGACCCUGACAAAUUCCUCGACUGAAGUUGAAACAGAAAAAGCACCUAGCAGUCCGCCAGUGCCAGAGUCAACUUAACCCUUAAAUGGUCCAAACGUAUAUAUAUGUUUUUUCAACAUCUGAUAGUAUGUAAAAAAAUGUCGAUCUUGUUUUUUUUUUUGUUUUACAUGUGAAAACGUGUAAAAAAAACUUUUAUCUACUUUUUUUUGUUAUAUUUGAAAAUAUGUAAAAAAAGUAGAUCUACUUUUGUAGCUACGAAUUUGAACGUCGAUUUGUUUGGACCGUUUAAGGGUUAAUCUACAAACUUGUGCCAUAAAUUUUUAACUGAACAUAAAUCUAGAAACUGUUGUAUUAAUGUUGGUAGUAUUACCAACAUUAUGUUAGGUAAAAGGCCACAAGUGCGACUAAUGUGACAUAUUAUUAGGUCAAUGUUUUGCUCUCCAGGAGCAUUGACAAAGCUCCUGGAGAGUGAAACAUUACCACAAUAAAAUGUCAUAUUAGUUGCACUUGUGGCCUUUUACCAAACCAGAAACUGUUAUUUCAGAAUAUUUAGUUAACUAAGAGAUCUGUAUUUAACAUAGCCUAUAUAUUUUAUAUUUUGGAUACAUAAACCUUUUUAUGUGGGUGACUUGAUAGUGGGGAAAGGCUCUUGAUCUUAGGAAUUGGAGUUAUUUUCUCCAUGUCACUGAUGCCCUAUAACCUCCCUGGAGGCUUGGCACUGCCCAUGAUUAUAAUUGCAGAUUAACCCUUAAACUGUCCAAACAUAGAUCUACGUUCACGUGCGUAGCGCUCCGAACGUAGAUCUACGUUUUAUUUUAAACGCUUUCUUACGUAAAAAAAAAAAACGUAAUUUACAUUCAGAGCGCUAUGUACAUGAACGUAGAUCUACACUUGGACAGUUUAAAGGUUAAGAAUACAAUAAAGCUAUCUGCAGUAUACAAAAUGGUAACAUUAUAUUUUUUGUUGUUAACACAUCAGCCGUCUCCCACCAAGGUAGGGUGGCCCGAAAAAAAAUAAGUUGAAUGAAUGAUGGUUUUUCUUUUCAGGCCGCCCUACCUUGUCGGUAUUGUAUGCCAUUCUUGUACAACUACCAUUUUGUGUACUGUUAAUAAAAUGUUGUUAAGUACAAACAAAACACUAACAUAAAUGUGCAUUUCAGGCAGACUAAUCUUAAUGCAUCUUAGCGAUACCCAAAGCGUAGUUUCGUGGAUCCUCAUAUUUCAGGAUCCUUCAUUAUGUUCAAAAUACUGUACGUAGAGCAGGUCAUCAAGUAUGUGUUGAUUGGUUAUUGAGCAUGCAACACGACUCAAAAAAAUGUAAUGAGUACUUGUUAGUGGUAAAUGAUAACCCAUCAUAGAUACAGAAACUCAGAAAAAUAAUUGGUCUGUAUAAUUUGACUUGCUGGGGUCCCUUCAACUGAAGAGGACCCCAGCAAGGGGUCAAAAUAUUUUUUUGAGUUUCUGUAUCCAUGUGGGUUAAUGACCAUCCAAUAAAAUACUGUUCUAGCUAAUUCCUGAACUGAUACUGCUCUAAAAUGAAUUGUGCAAAAAAUAGGGGCCUAUGAAAGUUAUGUCAUUAGAUUUUUUUAAAAAAUCCAGGCCUUGUCCACUGAAGGAACUCAAAAAUUUAUGAUUCUUUUGUAGUAGCUUUGCAGAUUGGUGUAAAUACAGUAAUUGGCAAGAAAUAUAAGUGAGCAAAAUAUUUUGUGUUAGUGCAAUGAUUUUAGCAUUUUUGUAAAUCAUUUUUUAUAGUAUCAAGAAUAUACAUUAUAAUGUAAAUCUGUAAGUCUUAAGAAAAUAGGUUUAAGGCACACUUAUUUUUUUAUAUGUAUAGUUUAAGAUUCUUGGCAUUUUUACGAGGUUAAGUUUUAAUUUUUUUGAUAAUAUACAUUACAGGUAUCCUGUAAAUCUAUAAACAUUACAUCCCUCAAGGGAGGGUCCUUAAUGCUAGUGAGGGGCUCUUGAUCCAAGGAAUUGAAGUUAUCCUCCCAUUCCUUGGAUCAAACCCAAUUACCUCUCAUUUUCCAGGCACCAUAUCACAUCUACAUGGUUAGCUCCUGAAUGCAUUACUAGUAAUAAUAAUGUAAUGUAAAUAUACAAUAAAAGUAGA